GUACACCAAUCAUGGGGCCCACAGCGCCCGUCCAAAUUUUGGCCACCCGCAGCAGCUGAGGCCCGUUGCAACCCGGCCCUCGCGGUUGCCUCUCGCCCGUUGGCGCCGCUUAGUUCAACGCCUAGCGGUGCUGCAUUGACUCGAAACGCCAAAGUCGGAGAAUUUGUCCCACAAGCGGGACCCACGCCACAUCAUGAUCGAAAGAUAGGGCAUUGCAAGAGGUGCGUGGAACAAAGCGAGGCAACAAAGCACCCGGCUUUCGUUCUUCCUCCUUUCCUCUUCUCUCUUCAACGCCCUAAUCGCUUCGCCGGCCGCUGCAUCGCGCCCUGCCCGUCUCUCUCUUUAGUAUGGAAAGCACCCCCAAUUUGGAAUCUGAAAUCGGAUUGGAAGUCGAUGACACCGAAAUGGAUGCCGAAACCAGCUUGGAUGAGGAUGACAAGGAACAAGAAUUCGAGGAAGCAUCCAAGAAAGGCGAUUCAGUUUCCACAGCAGAACUGCAUUCUCCAUUAAUGACUCCUAAUAGCACCGAAGGAAUCAAUUUAGAGCCUUUCGUAGGUAUGAUAUUUGAGUCGGAAGUAGAAGCGUAUCAUCUCUAUAAUGAGUACUCUAAGCGGAUGGGAUUCGGGAUCAGAAAGAAAUUGUGUCGUCGUUCGAAGGCCAACAAUGAUAUCAUUGCUGGAUGGUAUGUUUGUUCGAGGCAAGGCGCAUACGCCCGGCGUGGAAAGACCGCGAACCCACGAUUCGUCACCAGGGUCGGCUGCCCCGCCGAGCUGAAGGUGAAGAGAAUGGCUAUCAAGAAGUGGCAGGUGACCGAUUUCAUUAAGGAACAUAACCAUGAGCUUGAUCCGGAGAACGCACGUUUGUUUCGUUCGCAUAGGAAGUUUCAAGCACCCGAGCAGAAUCUAGUGGAAAUUGUGAGUAGAAAUGUUGGAAUUAGAGACCAGGUGAAUGUUGUGGAUAAGGAACAGCAAAGAUUUCUUUCUGCGGCAGAUACUCAUGCACUGCAUAUGCAUUUCAUGCGCAUGCAUUCGAAGAAUCCAGCAUUUUCAUAUGCAGUGGAUUUGGAUGAGAAACAACGUGUGAGGAAUGCCUUUUGGGUUGAUGCAAUAUCUAAGGUGGCUUAUACUCAUUUUGGUGAUGUCGUGAUGUUGGAUACUGCUUUUCUGACAAGUAGGUUUAAGAUGCCGCUCGUGUCGUUUGUAGGAGUUAACCAUCAUGGGCAGUCUAUUUUGCUGGGAUGUGGAUUGCUUGUAGAUGAGACUCCAGCAUCGUAUGUAUGGUUGUUCAAAGCAUGGCUGGAAGCAAUGUCAGGGCAACCUCCAAAGGCGCUGAUCACCGACCGGAGUAAUUCGAUAACUGCGGCUGUUGCGGAGGUGUUUCCUGGGACUUGUCACCGGUUCUGCCUAUGUUGUAUCUGCAAAAGGGUCUCUGAGAAAGUGGGUUACCUAUGGAGAACUCAAGCAAACUUUAUGAAGAAGUUCUACAAAUGUAUCUUUGACUCUUUGACGGUAGAUGAAUUUGAAAAGCGAUGGUCGAAAUUUAUCCAACAUUUCGGUCUUAUGAAUGAUGAAUGGCUUCAAGGAUUGUAUGAUGAUCGACGAAGGUGGGUUUUAGUAUAUAUCAAGGACACCUUUUUUGCAGGGAUGUCUACUUCACAACGCGGUGAAAGCCUGAACUUGUUUUUGGAUAAACAUGUCAAUCGCCACACUAGUUUAAAAGAAUUUUUGGAAAAAUAUGAGCUAGUUUUGGAGAGCAAGUAUGAAGAGGAAGCUCAAGAAGACAGCAGAUCAGUUCACAUAAUGCCUGAGGAAAGAAUGCAUCCAUCACCUUUUGAGCUACAAAUGGCAAAUGUUUAUACAAGAAACAUAUUUGAGAAAUUUCAAGCUGAGGUUUUAGGAAUUUCUUCAGUAUUUGCAUCAAAGAUCGAGGAGGAUGAGGAAAAUACUAUUUUUGCAGUGAAGGCCUAUGAGGUGCAAGAAGAUAGUAGAGAUAAAAAAGUGAAAGAAAGGGAGUACAGAAUUAUUUGGAAUGCUGAGGCAAGAAGGAUAUAUUGUAUAUGCCGUUUGUUUGAGUUUAAAGGUUAUCUUUGUAGGCAUGCAUUGGCUGUCUUUCUAGCAUCAAGUGUCGUAGAAAUUCCAUCUCAUUAUAUACUGAAACGAUGGACAAAGGAUGCAAAAGCUAUUAAUGUGUUGAAUGCUGGUUUGAAUGAAAAAGAUGACUGCUCAGCAUCUGUAACGCAGCGUUUUAAUGAUAUAUGUGUGCGAUGUAUCAAAUUAGCACAGGAAGCAUCCUUGUCGAAAAAGAGUUAUGAUGUUGCAUUGCAAGCAUUACAAGAAGCUUUGGAAAAAGUUGUAUACGAGAACAACCGCCCCAGAAGAAUUAUUCAAAAUUACAACCCACGUGGUUCUACGUAUUAUAAGACUAAUGAGGGAAGCCAAGCAAAUAAUAUAGGGACCCCCAUGUUGUAUGUGCCAAAUCAACCAGGGACCAUGUUAGUUGUGUGCAAUCCUGAAGCUUUUCAGAUGGCAGCUACUUCCAAUAAAAGGGUCAAGCGUGGAGCAGAGAGGAGAGGAAGCAAACAAAAGGAACAUAAGAGUGGUGAUUGCAUGCAAUUAUGUCACAGCGUCACUACUUCCACAGAGAUUCUUCAUGUUUGUUCUGGAGUAAAUACCAUGCUCACUGGAUGCAGCACACAAAUGACAGUGGAACCCAUGGACCAACUUAACCAAGAACCAUCAGUCAAUGCAGCAAAUAACAAUCAAGACAUCAGGUUAGACAUGGGAGACAACAGCUAUUGACUAAAUCUGCCAGUUCUGCUCCUCUCAGAGUAACAUAUCAUGUUUCAAAGUUGAAGGCUCUUGUCCCGUAAACCAAAUAGGAUGGACUCAAAGAAGCAUUGGCAUCUUACGAGCUUGCUCAACUCUUCGUUGGAAUUACUGGUCAUGUUCUGCAAGUUCGAUCAGAAGUUGGAUGGGGGAUUUGGGAAUGUGGUGUCGGAGUGAGCAAAUUGUCAUUUUGCGAAACUUGCUGGUGUUACAAGAAGACACAUGCAGAUACUCUUAAUACACUUGUAUUGCAGCCAGCAGGAAUGCAUUCUUUCUUACCUUCUUUUCACGACCUUUUUGCCCCUUGAAGAAGAUCUCUUCUUCCAAUACCCCUCCGCCUUCAAAGUCUAAUAUAAAUUUUUACUACUUGAUUUUAUAGAUUGUGCUUGCACAAUGUCAAUAUGAAUCACCACCAGCAAAUUUUAGCUGAUAAAUGCAACUUUAUGUUUAGUAAUCUAUAAUUAUUCUCUCAUUUUUUGGUUGAGGAAAUGCUGUACUGAUGGAGAUUAUUUAUUAAAGUUGCUCUGCUUGGAGGUUAUUCCCA